AUGACCGAAUUAAAUUCUCACGCAUUUUCCCUUGACGACAAAGAGGAUCCCAAAAAAGCCGAAUUCAUCGAUGAUAUCGACCCAGACCCAGAUGCCGGCCUUAGUAAUGAAGAGAGAGCAAGAAUUGAUCGGGAGCUGGUACGAAAGCUUGACAUUCGAUUAAUCCCUUGGUUGUGUGUUCUAUAUCUAGCUUCGUUCUUAGACAGAACCAAUAUUGGAAAUGCCAAAAUCGAAGGUUUGGUGACAGAUCUGAAUAUGACAGAAGGCCAGUACAAUGCUUGCCUCACGAUAUUUUUUGUUUCUUACUCAAUAUUCGAACCUGUCAGUAAUAUACUUCUUAAACGAAUGAGGCCAAGCAUCUACAUACCUCUGAUCAUGGUACUAUGGGGCCUUUGUAUGACAUUUAUGGGUUUUGCAAAGGGCUUUUCGGGCAUGAUGGCCGCAAGAUGGUUUUUGGGUUUGACGGAAGCUGGCCUUUUCCCAGGUGUUAAUUAUUACUUGUCAUGUUGGUACAAGAGACGUGAAUUCGGAAUUCGAGCUGCUAUCUUUUUUUCUGCUGCUGCUGUGAGCGGUUCUUUCGGUGGUCUUCUCGCCGCAGCUAUUUCAAAGAUGGACGGUAUCGGCGGAAUGAAAGGCUGGGCUUGGAUAUUUAUCCUUGAGGGUGUUGCUACUAUAUUUAUAGGGGUAGCUUCCUUCUGGAUUGUAGUCGAUUUUCCGGAUGAUGCUCGAUUCCUGAGCGAUCAGGAGAGAGCCCGCGUUAUCCGAAGAUUGAAAGACGAUCAGCAAAGCUCCGCUGGUCAUGAAGACUUCAAGAUGUCGUACAUGUGGGACUCUUUAAAAGACUGGAAAACUUGGACCGGGAUGUUGAUUUAUAUGGGCGUUGAUGGAGCACUAUAUGCAUUUUCACUGUUUCUUCCUUCAAUUAUUGCCGAGCUCGGAUAUUCAGCAACUCGUGCCCAACUUUUAUCAGUACCCCCAUAUGCAGCAGCGUGUAUUCUUACCGUUCUCAUUGGUUGGGCAGCUGACCGCACCAAUAAGCGUGGUAUUUAUAAUAUCGGGGUCUCCUUGGUCGGAAUCCUCGGUUUCGCUAUCCUAUUAGCAUCCAGAAAUGCAGCUCUGAGUUACGUUGGCGUAUUCCUCGGCGCUCUAGGAAUAUACCCGUGUAUUCCAAACACAAUUACCUGGGUGAGCAAUAACGUGGAAGGGGUUUACAAGAGAGGUGUAACCUUGGGGUUCGUUAUUGGGUGGGGAAAUUUGAAUGGUGUCAUGUCAUCAAAUGUGUACCGUGGACGAGAUAAACCUCACUAUACGCUAGGACAUGCCAUUGUAUUGGGAUACCUCGCAGUUGGUCUGUUGGGUGGUUCAAUCUUGAAUUAUGUGCUUCUGCAACGCGAGAACAAUAAGCGGAAGAAUGGAGAAAGAGAUGUUUGGGUUCAAGGCUUGGAUCAGAGACAGAUCGAGGAACUUGGUGAUAAGAGACCCGAUUUCAUCUACACGAUGUGA